AUGGCGUUGGAGCGAAGUCUACCGGCUGAAUUCGCCCACAUAGUUCUCUUCUACCCAAUCACCGAUACGCACAAGAAGUUGGAAUCAUACGAGAUAUUCAAGGACGGACCCUUUCUGAAAGCGGAUACGCUGAACUGGAUGAUCGAUGCCUUUAUACCUGAGGAGAAAGACAGACAGACAGCGCAGGCCUCCCCCUUGUCCUUCCUCUCGGACGACGUCUUGCCCAGAUUCCCGCCGACCAGUCUCAUCCUCUCAGCUGUUGACCCGCUUCUUGACGAAGGGUUGGCGUUUAGCCGGAGACUCCAGAAAGCAGGGGUUGACGCAGCUGUGAUCAGGGCAGAAGGACAGAUGCACGCGUUCGUACUUUUGAAAGCAAUCCGUGACUCGCCUACUGCCCGAGCAAUUAUGGACCUGACCACCUUAAGGUUACGUACAGCUCUUGCGUCUCCGCCAUGA